GCCCAUCAUGCGUCACUCAGCCCCCUGCCCCGCCCCCGCCGCACCGUGCCUCCGAGCCGGGACGGCGGGGCGGGCCUUGCGGCCCAGGCCCAGAGCCCGCCCCGGCCUCAGGCCCUAAGUAAAGUUGGCGGUGGCCAAGUCUGAGGCAGCGGGGGAACUCACGAGUCUGUUCCUUGCUCACUCGCAGACACCCGCAGCGCCCGGUCUCCUGCGCCGCGGUGUACCCAGGUCCCCAGCCGGACACCGUGGGCUGCUGAGGACAGCAUGCGGGACUACGACGAGGUGACCGCCUUCUUGGGAGACUGGGGACCCUUCCAACGCCUCAUCUUCUUCCUCCUCAGCGCCAGCAUCAUCCCCAAUGGCUUCAAUGGGAUGUCAAUCGUGUUUCUGGCGGGGACCCCGGAGCACCGUUGCCUUGUGCCUGACACCGUGAACCUGAGCAGCGCGUGGCGCAACCACAGUAUCCCGUUGGAGACGAAGGACGGACGACAGGUGCCCCAGAAAUGUCGCCGCUACCGACUGGCUACUAUCGCCAACUUCUCCGCGCUAGGACUGGAGCCGGGACAGGACGUGGACCUGGAGCAGCUGGAGCAGGAGAGUUGCCUGGAUGGCUGGGAGUACAGCAAGGACAUCUUCCUGUCUACCAUCGUGACCGAGGGUGGACGCGAUACUGGUGAGCUCCCCAGAGCAGCGAAAGUCCAGAUCCUUUUGACCUACUUCUGCUGCCAAUGUCAUCGUGUCUUUUUUUUUUUUUUCCCAAUGGAUCUGGAUGUUAUUGAGCUGUCUUAGCAGUUUCGUAAGAGCUGUAUGCCUUUUCACCCACUUACAGGUCAGCAGUCUUUGCGGGAGGUGAGUUUAAUACUUU